AUGUAUCGCAAAGCUCUGUUUCUCUUCCUCCUCUUUCAGUUCUGCACUUCCAGGGACACCAUAAAAGGGAACAAAGAGCAACUGAAGGAUGUUGAUGGUGACUAUUUAGUGUCCAGAGAAAGCAAGUUUGAGUUGGGGUUCUUCAGCCCUGGAAAUUCUUGCUACCGGUAUGUUGGAAUCUGGUAUUCUCAGACUAGAGUAUCUGAAAAAACAGUGGUGUGGGUUGCAAACAGGAACAAUCCCAUCAAUGAUACCUCUGGUGUGCUCACAAUCAACAGGUAUGGAGAACUGGUCCUUUAUGCUUACAGUGUGGAAAAUGAUCCUAUAUGGUUCGCCAAUGUGUCGCAGUCGGUCCAAAAUGUUAACACUAGCACUUUAUCUGCACAGCUUUUGGAUUCAGGAAACUUAGUUGUGUUCCAGGAUGAUACAAAUGACAUCUAUAUGUGGCAAAGCUUUGAUCAUCCUACAGAUACUCAAAUUCCAGGUAUGAAACUUGGGGUGAAUUGGAAAACUGGGCAAGAAUGGGUUUUAACAUCUUGGAAGUCACAAGAUGACCCUGGAACUGGGUCCUCUACCUGUAGGCUCUAUCCAAACCAGAUUACAUUCCCCCAAUUUUUCAUGUAUAAGGGUUUGAGCAAGUAUUGGCGAAGUGAUCCAGGGCCAUCGCCUAAUUUGUUCACUAAUGAAGAGGAAACUUAA